AUGGCAAUGGUGGGCCACCUUCUCAUCCUAGCCGUAGUAGCAAUGGGCCUCUCCUUCAUGGGUGCUGCAGCAGAUAAAGGGACUGCAACCUUUUACACUCCUCCGUAUACCCCUUCUGCUUGUGAUGGAUUCGAAGAAGAGGGCGUGAUGAUCGCAGCUGCCAGCGAUGCCUUCUGGGCCAACGGUGCAGCAUGUGGACAUCGCUACAAAGUCACAUGCACCGGAGCAACGAACUUAGGCGAUCCGCACCCUUGGCGGGGAUCAAGAUCGGUGGUGGUGAAGAUCGUCGACUACUGCCCGGCCGGGUGCCGUGGGACCAUCGACUUAUCACAGGAAGCCUUUGCCUCCAUUGCAGAUCCAGAUGCAGGGAAAAUAAACAUUGCUUUUAAACGCAUUUGA